AUGAUACGGUCAAGCUUUUCGCUAUUGUUACUUGUCCUUGUCGCAGCUGUCUACUCGACAGAUCAUUUUGUUGAAAAAUUCGAAGACGAGAGCUAUAAAAGUCGAUGGGUUCAAUCAACAGCUAAAUCAGAUUAUGGUGAUUUUAAAUUAUCACAUGGUAAAUUUUAUGGUGAUGCAAAAAAAGAUCUUGGUCUUCAAACAUCCCAAGACGCUCGUUUUUAUGCUGUUUCAGCUAAAUUCGAUAAAUUUUCAAAUGAAGGCAAAACACUUGUUAUUCAAUUUAGUGUUAAACAUGAACAAAAGAUUGAUUGCGGUGGUGGCUAUGUUAAAGUCUAUCCAUCGGAUACCGAUCAAAAAGGUCUUACCGGCGAUUCACCAUACCACAUUAUGUUUGGACCUGAUAUUUGUGGUUAUAGUACUAAAAAAGUUCAUGUUAUUUUCACAUACAAAGGAAAAAAUCUUUUAAUUAAAAAAGAAAUUAAAUGCAAAGAUGAUGAAUUUACACAUCUCUAUACAUUGAUUCUUAACUCGGAUAAUACCUAUGAAGUUCGUAUUGAUACUGAAAAAGUCGAAAGUGGUAAACUUGAAGAAGAUUGGGACUUUAGUGUACCAAAACGAAUCCCAGAUCCUAAUGCUAAAAAACCAUCUGAUUGGGUCGAUGAAGAAAAAAUCGAUGAUCCAACUGAUACCAAACCAGCCGAUUGGGAUAGACCAGAACAUAUUCCUGAUCCAGAAGCUAAGAAACCAGAAGAUUGGGAUGAUGAAAUCGAUGGAACAUGGGAACCACCAAUGAUUGAUAAUCCUGAAUACAAAGGUGUUUGGAAAGCUAGUCAAAUUGACAAUCCAGCAUAUAAAGGACCAUGGGUUCACCCUGAAAUCGAUAAUCCAGAAUAUGUUGAAGAUCCAAACCUUUAUUUAUACAAAGAUUUGGGCGCCAUUGGUUUCGAUUUAUGGCAAGUCAAAUCCGGUACUAUCUUUGAUAAUGUAAUUAUCACUGACAGUGUUGAACGUGCUGAAGAAUUCGCCAAGGAAACAUGGGUUAAAACAAAAGAACCAGAAAAGAAGAUGAAAGAUGAACAAGAUGAAGUUGACCGAAAGAAAGAAGAAGAAGAUCGUAAGAAACGAGAAGCUGAAGAAAAAUCGAAGAAAACUGAUGAAGAUGAAGACGCAGAUGAUGACAAGAAAUCACCACACGCUGACGAUGAAUUAUAA